AUGAAGGCUGUCUACUUUCUACUUUCCUUUCUUCUCUUCUCUUCCUUCUCAUCAUUCUCUUCCGCUCUAACUGAUGCCGAAGUGUCCUCCAUUACUCGCCGUCAGCUCUUACAUUUUCACGAAGGCGAUGACCAACGCGAUGAAAAAGAAUAUGAGGUUGAGUUGAACGUAACUUUCCCUCACACCAGGCUUAGACGUGCAUACAUUGCACUCCAAGCUUGGAAAAAGGCAAUUUACUCAGACCCUCUUAAAACAACUGAGAAUUGGGUUGGUGGUGAUGUUUGUGCUUACACCGGAGUGUUUUGUGCCCCUGCACUUGAUGACCCGAAAAUAGAGGUUGUGGCCGGCAUUGAUAUCAACCAUGCAGACAUUGCAGGAUACCUUCCGGUUGAAUUAGGCCUGCUGAGUGACAUUGCAUUGUUCCACAUCAACACUAACAGGUUUUGUGGUGUCAUUCCCAAGAGCUUUGCUAGGUUAACUCUUCUCCACGAGCUUGAUGUUAGCAACAACCAAUUCGUGGGAUCGUUCCCUGAAGUUGUUCUCAAAAUUCCCAACCUCAAGUAUCUUGACCUCAGGUUUAAUGACUUCGAGGGAAAAUUGCCUCCUGAGCUUUUCAACAAGGAAUUGGAUGCUUUGUUCUUGAACAACAACAAGUUCACAUCCACCAUUCCUGACACACUUGGAAACUCCCCCGUCUCGGUUCUUGUGGUCUCCAACAAUCGUCUAGAAGGUUGCAUUCCUCACACCAUAGGAAAGAUGGUGAACACCUUGAAUGAGGUCAUCUUCUCUGAAAACAAGUUUGGUGGGUGUUUGCCUAAUGAAAUCGGAUACCUCUCAAAUGUGACGGUGUUUGAUGUUAGCUCAAACACAUUCAACGGGAUCAUGUCGAAAAAAUUCGAAGGCUUUCAAAAGGUGGAGGAGUUGAACAUUGCACAUAACAUGCUAACCGGGUUUGUUCCUGAGUGUUUAUGCAACUUGCCUAGCUUGGGAAAUUUCACAUUUUCCUACAACUACUUCAAUGGUGAGGCCAAAAAAUGUGUGCCGGUUUCUCAGAAGGGCGUUGUGUUUGAAGACACAAACAAUUGCUUGCCGGAUAGGCCUAAACAGAAGUCAGCAAAACAAUGUCAAGUUGUAGUGAGCAAGCCAGUGGAUUGUAGUAAGGCAAAGUGUGGAGGUGGAUCAGGACCUUCAAAACCUUCCCUUCCUACACCAAAACUGCAACCACCUAUUCACUCUGCACCACCACAUGUACAAAUGCCUUCAUUCCCUGCACCUUCAGGUCAAAGUCCAGUUGUUCCAAUUCACCCUAAGUCACCACCGGUUCAUUCACCACCACCACCACCAUUCCAUUCUCCUCCACCACCUAUAGCAACACCACCAUCACCCGCAUCUAUAGGGCAAAGUCCCGUUGUUCCAAUUCAACCUAAAUCACCCAUACCACUAAGGCAAACUCCUCCACCACCAUUAGUCAACUCAUCCCCACCACCAAUUUACUCUCCCCCACCACCAGUGCACUCACCCCCACCACCGGUCCACUCACCCCUACCACCAGUCCAUUCUCCACCACCACCAGUUCACUCACCCCCACCACUGGUCCAGUUACCUUCACCAUCAGUGCACUCGCCUCCACCACCAAUCCAUUCUCCUCCACCACCAGUCCAUUCUCCUCCACCCCCAGUUUACUCUCCUCCACCACCAGUCCACUCUCCACAUCCCCCUGUACAGUCACCUUCACCACCAGUCCACUCUCUUCCACCACCUGUGCACUCACCCCCACCACCAGUCCACUCAUUGCCGUCGCCAAUCCAUUCUCCACCCCCACCAAUCCACUAUCCACCUCCCCCUGUACAGUCACCUUCACCACCAGUCCACUCUCUUCCACCACCUAUGCACUCACCCCCACCACUAGUCCACUCACCACCGCCACCAAUCCACUCUCCACCACCUGUGCACUCUCCGCCACCGCCAUUCCACUAUCCACCACCACCUGUGCAUUCUCUUCCUCCACCUAUGCACUCAACCCCACCACCAAUCCACUCACCACCGCCACCAAUCCACUUUCCACCACCUGUGCACUCUCCGCCACCGCCAUUCCACUCUCCACCACCACCUGUGCACUCUCCGCCACCGCCAUUCCACUCUCCACCACCACCUAUACAAUCACCGCCACCACCAGUCCACUCUCCUCCCCCACGUGUGCACUCACCCCCACUACCAGUCCACUCACCUCCACCACCUGUGAACUCACCACCACCACCUUCUCCUUCUCCUUCACCUCCUCCCCCGGUUUUCUCACCGCCUCCUCCAGAGCUCGGCUUUGUCCUGCCACCUACCUUCGGCUUCCAAUACUCCUCUCCACCUCCACCAAUGUUCCCAGGAUACUAAG